AUGUCUACUUUUAUUAAUGAUUUAAUGAUGGAUGAACCUGCAUUUUCUAAAAGAUUAAGUCAUGCCCAAGUCAAGAGUAUUGACCUUAGCCUAAAUAUUUUGCAAUAAGAAGUCACUUAGAUGAAUUAGAACUACAGACUUAUUCCAAGGAGACCACCUUAAAAAUAACUCAAAGCAAAAAGUUAAUCAGAAUCAUCAUAGAAAAAAGUCAAGGAUAGCUUUAACAGAUGCUAGAUCAUUAAUAAUAUUCAAAGAGAAGGCAGAGAUUCUUACAUCCGCUAUUUAACUGAGGAUUAUAGCACUAAGUAAAAUACGAAUUCAGCUCAAGCUCACUAGCAUUAGAAUUAAAAUACUGAUAGGAAUAAUAAAGAGAAUUUGUAAUAAAUAGACGGCAUUAAACUCCAAUUCAACGAUGAUAUUUACAUGAUGAGUAGAGCAAGCAAGCGAUAUAGCUUAAACGAUCAAAACAUCAAAAGCUAAAAGAAUAAACUGAUAGACUUCCCAAAAGACAAUAACUCUUAAAAUAUCAAUCUCAAACUGAGACUCUCACUUUUAGCUGAAAAGCAAAAGAGUGAAAGAGGUUCUGAAUCUAAAAGCUUGAAGAAAGUUAUGACUGAAUUGGUGAAACGACUUAAGAGUAAGGACAGACAUAACAGAAGUGUGGAGGAUGUGUCUAAAAGAGAUCAAGUUGUGUAAACCAAGCAAAACCCCAAAGAUAUAUCUAACAUCAAGGUAGUGGAAGAGUUCUCACAUUUAUCUAUGGUGCCUUUGAGAACAGAUAAAUAAUAAUCUCAUGCUAUUAGCCACAACUAAUCUAGUGGAAUCGACACUCACCAAAUUAGGUCUAUAUUUGAGUUGCCUUAAGAUCAUCUAGACUUUUCAAGCGUCUAAUAUAAGCAGCCUUCUUAUAAAUAGUCUAUUUGUACUAGCAGAGCUUGUAGUACACCUGGCUAAGCUGAGUGUCUUAACAUUGUGAUUGAUUAAAAUAAUCAAGUCCCUAACACUAUUAGAAAUAUCUCCUCAGUUUGUAGUACUGCCAAGUAAGUUAAGAAGGUGAGGAUUCAGAAUGACCAACAUAGUUAGCAUUAGUCCUCGAAGCCUUAUAGUUAACUCGAUUCAAUAUCCUUGCAAGAUUCUAAAUAAGGUAUGAAGGUCUUUGACAUUGAUCAGAUCAAGAUGUUAGGAAGCUUAAUUGAGUUGAUGUCUCAGGAAAGUAACCGAAAGUUUGUUGAGAAGCAUAACCUAUGCAGAUCUGAGUUAGAUAGUCAGGUUCAGCUAACUAGGAGAAAUUCAAAUAAAAGAGAUUAGUAAUCGUAAAGAUCUGGAAAGAAAAGUGAAUUCACAACUUUCUCAUAGUAUAACAAGGCAGCCGUUUUUUAGAAGCAUUAAAAAAUUGAGAAAAGAAAGAGAUCAUAAGCAUCAAGUAAGAAAAGUGAAGGAACUGGUAAUCAAUCUCUUGGUUUACUAAGCUCAAACAAAAAAGCCCUUAACUAAUCAGACACUGUGAACUAAACAAAUUCAUCGUCUUACAUUAAGAUAAAACUAAACAAUAGGAUAAUUGAUUUGAAAGAGCUAGUCAGGAUUUGUAAAAAUCAUUGUCAUAACUGUUAAGACUUUUCAAAGAAUGUUAAGACUAAGUCUUAAGUGCUUUAAGAUCAGACUCCUUCAAAGAUCAACAAAUCCCUACAUUCUACCAAGUUCAGCAAUCUCAAGAAGUAAAAGCUUAUAGAUAUUUCUGGUAAACUAAUAUGA